AUGGCUGACCUUGACGAGAUUCUCCGAAGAUACACCGAUCCUUCAACAGGUUCCGUGCAUGGCGCGACCUUCAUCGCUGUUGACAGCGCAGGAAAUGAUCUUUACCGCAAUUCCUUCGGGAGUCGGACUGUCGACAGAUCUGAUCCGUUGACACCGGACACUCUGACAUGGAUCGCCAGCCAGAGCAAGCUUGCGACUUCGGUAGCGGCGAUGCAGGUAGUCGAGAAGGGCCUCAUUGGCCUGGACGACGAUGUGCGCGAUGUCCUGCCGGUGUUGAAGGAUUUGAAAGUUCUUGUUGGCUUUGAAGUGGAUUUGGACAAGAUGAAGCCUAGCGGAAAGCCUAUCUUGGAGGACGUAAAGGGGAAGAUUACCUUACGACAGCUCAUGUCCCAUACGUCAGGAUUUUGCUAUGACUUGGGCAGUCCGUUGCUUCUGAAGUGGUCCGCUGCGACCGGGCGUACAGACAACAUGUUCAGUGGGAAGAUUGAAGGCUCAUUACAUCCACUGCUCUUUCAGCCGGGUGAAUCAUGGAUGUACAGUCCAGGACUCGACUGGGCCGGACAAGUGGUCGAGGCUCUCACCAAGCAAAAUCUCGACAGGUAUAUGCAAGAAAACAUCUGGGGGCCUCUCGGGGCCAAGUCUACGACCUUCUACCCGACAAAACACUUCCACCCGGAGCCCAUGCCGCAACUGCACGAGACAGGCCAACGCACCAAUUCGGCAGAAUCCCCAAAGGCACUCGACUCGGAGUCCGCCACGUCGCCCUGGCCCAUCUCCCCGCGCGACGCGAUCGGCGGCGCUGGUCUCUACGGCACCGCGAACGACUACAUCAAACUGCUGUCCUGUCUCCUCCAGGGCGGCGGGUCCUUACUGAAAAAGGAGAGCGUGGACGAGAUGUUCCGCCCGCAGAUUGGCAAGGGGAGCACCGAAGCAUUUCACGCCUCCAUCGUAGCAGGCGGCAGAGACCGCUUGUGGAGGCCGUCCUCUGCUGCCACUGCCGCUGCCACCGUAGCGGCGGCGGAGGAGCAAGGGUCUGUGCCCGGCGGCCACUGCCUGGCCGGCGCCGUCAAUCUUGAGGACGUCCCUGGCCGGAGACGCGGGGGCACCGUCAACUGGGGCGGCCUGCCGAACUUGCUCUGGUGGGUUGACAGGGAGGGAGGUGUGGCGGGCACGCUGUUCAAUCAGAUCAUUCCGGCUGGUGACCCGUUGUGCAUGGACCUGCUCGUCGAGUUGGAGGAGGCGCUCUAUCGACUGAAAGAGCAGAAGGCUUAG